AUGAUGCCCUGCAGAGGCCACGUCGCCACCUUCGACACUUGCGAGGCGUGGAAGGACGUGUGCGGUGGCACUGCCCCACAGUGGGCCAGGCUGCAGCAAGAAGACUUGACAGAGGUGGAAAAUAAAUCGACGGACCGCUCGCUGUCAGGCCUGCUGCACAUCCACCUGUACCUGGUCCCACGCAAGGCCGCACCUGAGCGUCCGCCCACCCCCGGCCCCGCCCAUCCAACCAUCGGCAGUGCGGCCGACGACGGCCGGCGCACGCCAGAGCUCGGGGGUCGGCGCGGCCAGCCGAGCCUGCUGGGGCUGGCCUCGGGCCGCGACGAGGCCAGCUCCGGGGGGAGACUACACGACAGCGCCCGCAGCAGCCCCAGCGGCUCGACAGCAGACGGUUGCCCCGACGAAGAGCAGGAAGAAGGCUCUGGCAGCAUGGACGGGGUUCUAUCAGCGGCGGAGGGGGUGGGGCUGCGGCCGGCGGGGUGCGAGGGAAUGGCGCUGCCGGGGCGGCUGCUGAUGUCAGCCUUGCUGGACCUGGAUGCGCUGGAGCCGUUGGCGGCUGCGGCAGACCUGGACGGCCGGGCACUGCCGGCCAACACGCUGCUGAUUGAGCUCAGCGACGGGCUCUACGUCUGGCCGCCCAGCCAGCACCUGCAGCGCACCGCGUCCGGCGCGGUGCCGGCCGCACAGCCGGCCCCUGCACCGGCCGAUGGCCGAGGCGCCGACGGCUCUGCCGCAGCGCUGGGAACCCUACCGCCGAGCGUGUGGGGCAGCCCUCAGGCGCUCAAGGCGCGCAAUGGCGCCCGAGGCGCCCAGCAGAGGCUAUUCAGAGAGGCGCCGCCCGCGCCCGACCCGCCGCCCGCGCGAGCCCAUGCACGCAGUGAUAGCAGAGGAAGUUCAGAGUCUGUGUCGAGGAGCAGCAGCGUGAGCCGAUUCACAGACGGACAGGCGGACGCCGAGAGGCGGUCUUCAUUUAGAGGGACCAGCACGAGCGGUUCGGAGGAAGUGCAGAUGGCUGUGGGCGACCUGGAGUGGUCGCUGAUGAGCAUCUGUAACGCACACAAGCAGCUGCAAGCCGCGCGUGCCAGGCAACGGCGGCUGCUUGACACCCUGAACGAGGUGGUGGAGCGGCGGGCGGCGGCGCGGCAGCAGGCGGCGGAGCUGCAGAGUGUGCACGACAGGUUGGCAUGCCAGGUGACGGCGACGCAGCGCGCGCAGCAGGCGGCCACAGCACUCCAGCGCAGCGUGGCCGUCUCCCGCCAGAUCGCCACGCUGCAGGCCCGCGCUCUCCUAGAAGCGGCCUCCGCCAUGCAGGAAGCUGGGCGGAGGCUGCAGGAAGCUGCGCGGCUGCUGGAGGUGGAGGGGCGCGGGUCGCGGCUGCAGUGGCUGCAGCGCCAGCUCGUCGCGCGCCGCUGCCGCAUGGCCGUCGCCCUCGGCCGCAUCUACAGCGUCGGGCCCCGCACAGUGACAGAGCCAGAGCCGCCGCCGGGGGGCUUUCUGUGGGACCAACUGGAUGACCUGUGGUUCACAGUUGGGGUUGGUGCAGAGUUUGUGCUCACAAAGGCGCCAGAGCCGCAGCAGCCGGAGGAGGCAUCAGAUCUGGAGCCGCCUCCGUCGCCGGCGCCCUCAGACCACGGCUCCUUCACCAGCUCCAUCAGCAGAUUCAGGCAGGCCCCUGCGCUAACUCCCAAGGAGGUGGCGCGGCUGGCGGUGGGGGGACUGGAGCUGGAGCCUGAUCUGGCGCGGCGCGCGGCCGACCCAGACGGCGGCUGGCGCGUCGGCCACGCCGAGGCCGAGCGCGCGGCGGCGGCUCUCGGCUACGUGGCGCGGCUGACUCAGCGGCUGGCGCACCUGCUGGACGUCCCCCUGCGCUACCCGCUGCGCUUCGCCAACUCGCGCUCCUCCGUCUUCAGCCACCCGCCGCCCGCCGGCACAAUCGGGGCGAGGGGCCAGAGCGCGGAGGGCAGGGAGGGGCCAUCGCGCAUGUUCGACCUGCUCCAGAUCGGCGAGCGCACGCCGGAUGCAGAGGACGCUAGCCUGGCGCCCAAGGAGUUCCCCCUCUUCCUGGACGGCUCCGAACGCAUGCGCUUCCGCUACGCCGUCUUCCUGCUCAGCAAAGACAUAGAGCAGCUGCUGAAUGCGCAUGGGCUGCACUCCACGGGCGCCAACCAGCUGCUGCAGAACCUGUACAAGCUGCUGGCCGCUGCGGCCUCCGCCGCGCCAUCCAACAGCAGCGGAAGAGCGCCCUCCAUGUAG